CUCGCGGGUGUAGCAAACGUGCUCCAUAUUAUUUAUGAUUCGAUUGCUAAGCUGAAAAUGGAUGCAGCAGAGAAGCAUGAAUUGAUUGAUUCUUUCAGUGAUUCUAAUGUUUUAUCUCCUAAGGAGGUUUCCGCAGAAAGGAUACAACUACAAAAGACAGUUACAAUAUUAGGUGGUGUUGGACUAAUAGUUGGCAGUAUUAUUGGUAGUGGAAUAUUUUUAUCACCAAAAGGAGUUCUGGCAUACACUGGAUCGAUUGGUUUAUCACUUGUUGUUUGGGUAUUAUGUGGCAUUAUAGCUCUAUUUGGAGCUCUAUGUUAUGCUGAAUUGGGGACUGCAAUACCAAAGUCUGGGGCAAACUAUGCUUAUCUUUUUGAAGCCUUUGGUCCUAUACCAGCAUUUCUUUUUUCAUGGACUGGAACUCUUGUAAUUCGUCCAUCUGCUGCUGCUAUUAUUUCAAUGAUUUUUGCAGAGUAUGUAGCUCGCCCAUUUUACAAUGAUGAUCAGGGAGUCCCUGUUAUGGUCAUUAAAUUGCUGGCAUUUUUUUGCAUAGCUGAGGUAUCUACAUCGGUUAUACAGCGUUGUUGCGGUAAAUGUUCAAAACAUGCCUCCAUAAUUACAAUCAUAAACUGUGUUAGCGUCCGAUGGGCUGUUAUUAUACAAAAUUUGUUUACAUUUGCAAAGUUGACAUGUGUCAUAAUUUUAGUUAUCAUUGGAUUUAUCGAACUUGGAAAAGGCCAUACUGCUAAUUUCAAGAAUUCUUUUAACAACACUACAAGUGAUAUUCGACACAUCAGCUUUGCGUUUUAUUAUGGACUUUGGGCAUUUGGUGGAUGGAACAGUUUAAAUUAUGUAACUGAAGAAAUGAAAAAUCCAGGGAGAGACAUGCCAAUUGCAGUAAUUAUAUCAAUGGUGAUAGUUAUUGGAUGUUAUGUGUUGUGUAACAUAGCUUAUAUCAGUGUACUUGGCAAGGCUGGUAUUCUGAAAUCGCCUGCUGUUGCUCUGGAACUUGGUAAUAUUUACUUAGGAGCUGGAAAGUUUAUUAUUCCGAUUCUAGUUGGGUUGUCAUGUUUUGGUGCUGUGAACGGGUUAGCUUUCAGUAGUGGCAGGCUUGUAUACGUUGCUGCAAGAGACGGCCACAUGCCCAGAGUAUUGUCGAUGGUCCAUGUUAAGAGACGGACACCCCUACCAUCACUGUUAUUUUUAGCCCUGGUUUCAACUAUUAUGUUAAUACCAGACAAAGCUGAAUUUGCAACAUUGAUUAACUUCUUCAGUUUUGCAAACUGGGUUUUCUAUGGGGCUUGUUUUGUGGCGUUAAUAUACUUACGUUUCAAACGAAAAGACAUGGAAAGACCUUACAAGGUUUUUUUACCCAUUCCCUUCAUUAUGAUACUCUUCUCCAUCUUUCUCACUGUCAUACCAAUCACAGAUAAACCUAAAGGAAGCGCAAUUGCACUCGCCAUGAUAUUAGCUGGGCUGCCAGCAUAUCUCUUGUUUGUUCAUCUCGACGUUUUGCAAUAUCUACCAGUUCCCUGCAAAAGCUGCAUUGAGUCCUGUUUAAAUUCGAUACAACAGUCUGUUGGUUUAGCUUUUCCUGAUAAUGAACAUCCCGUUCCUUGCUGAAAAAAAGCGAAUGUGAUAUGCCUGAUAUGUCAGACUUAAGGAUACUGUAAUGGAGUGGCGAACAAGAAACUAUUUUGUGGCAGCCAGAAAAGUACAGUGUUCUGCGCUAUAUUUGACUCGAAAUCUCUCAAGUAACAUUAGUAGAUUUAUGGAAAACUUUAUCAUGAAGAUUUUUAUUAAACCUUCAGGCAACACUUAUACACCCGAUAGUUAUUUGGAUCCUGUUUCAACUGGACAUUUAAACAAACACGUGGUAUAGUAGUUAAUCAUCUAGAAGAAGGGAAGUUUGGGUUGUAAUUUUUCCCAAUAUAAUAUUGUUAAUAUGUGGUAGGCAUGUUAGGUAUUUUUACUCAACCUCGUUUACAGUUCUUUUAUUGGGCAUGAUCAUAACAAAAUAUUUUCUGAAGACAAAUAUUAUUUUUCCUGUUAUAUCCCUUUUUAUGCCUGUGCUUAAUAUUUCUUUUUAUAUUAUCUCUACCUAGCCUUAAUUUCUUGCAAAUUACACAGAAUGUUCUUUCAGCAAAUCAAGUGAUUCUUCUUAACUCCUCAUGUUGAUGUUAAUGCAAACCCUCUACAAUACCAAGAUAAAUUAAAUUCUGCUGGUAGCUGACAAGGGAUUAAACUUACUUAACAUCAAAGGGAAGUGAGUCCCAAGUAAACUGCAGAACGUGCCCAACUAAACUAGGGCAAGCGGGAGUUUUUUUGGUAACAUUAAGAUGUGCAAAUAAAAAUGCUGAAUAAGCUAAUGCAAGCCAAUAAGCGCAUAAGUGUAAAUGAGUUGUCCAAGCAAACUGCAGAUCUUUUAAGUCAUUGAUUAGCUAGGGAUGCUAAAAGGGCAAUUCCAAUUCAACAGGCAUGUAAAAUUUCAUAACUCAUUUUGAUUGCUUGAUGCUGUAUAUAUAUAUAUUGUCUUAUAAUAAAGUUUUCUUAUUUGUAUUUCUAUAUUAAUGGAUUUUCCUACUUGUAUUUUUUUACUAAAUUUUUUUAAAGAAGUAGCUAGUGGUAAUUUUGAAUGCCUGUGUUAUAAAUGUUACUUGCAACCCCAACACGAUAGUAAACUGAUACCCGAGCAAACUGAGAGAAGAAGAAAAUAUUUUGCUGAAUGUUUUCAGUCAUGUUUUCUGUCAUCAAGCCGGACCUUCCUGACUUGUAAAUCAGAAUUUACAAUGCUUUACCUCCCACUUGUUCUGCAGGUGAGUUUAAUAUUUUGUAUGAGCAUUGUAAAGUUAUUAAAUUUAAAAACAGCAAUCGGUUUGAGUUUUUUCAUGAUGACAAGGUAGCACUUUUCGUCUUAUUAGAUUAUCCUGCUGAAAUAUGGGAAUUGUUUACCAAAUCAAAGAGUUUAAGGGUAGACAGUAUGCAUUUAGUUUUCCUUUUUUUUGACUAACAUUCAACAACCACCAGGUUAUAAGCCUUCCUUAUAUGUGUUUAAUUAUUCGACAGGUGUGAUGUUGUAUUCCCUGAUCAAAUUAGUCAACUUCACAUUGUAGAGUUCGCAACAUGGAAAAUUCAAAGCAUACUGAUUGUGAUCGUGAAACAAUGGAAAUAAUCCAAGAUGUUUUUAAAGUGGCUACAACUCAAACGGCUUCGCACAUUCUGUGUAACAUUGUGUAAUACCAAAAUAAGAAAGUCGAGCUACAAAAAAUUAUGUAAAUAAAUAAUUACUAUGAUUUGCUAUUUUUUAUUGGUAUUGUUCAAAGAUAAAUACAUUAUUUUUAUAGUAUUGUUUUACGGUGAUAAAAUAAGCUACAUUCUGCGAGAUGUUAUACAUAACAGUAAAAUCGAAAGUUUGUUUUGACGCGGCAGCAAAGACAACACGAGUGACAAAAUUCUGGACUAUAUAGCCAGUAUUUAAUGCUGCUAAAAAGAUUUUAAUUUUAUUGUUGUUGCCUACACUGGAUUUGUAUGCGAUAAUUUAGUAUGUUUUUUUUGUGAAAAAUUUGGAAAAAUAAUAACUAGCUUGAUUAAACUUUUUACCAGGAAAUUUGGUUUAAAAGCAAGGUUAGUGCUCAUGAAAAAAUAAAUUACGUAUAUCCGAAAUGUGUAAGGUACUUUUAUGUGUUUUUCAGUUUAUUUUUGGCUGUUCAAUAUAUGUUAUUUGUUUCCUCAUUGCUCAUAAACCUCUUCCCGCUAUAAGCUCGACUUUAAUGUAGGUUAUUAAGAUCAAAAAUUUGUUUUGCAGCCCCUUUAAUACAUAUGCAUAUAUUUGCCUCAGUUUACGAAGUAUAAGGGAUGCGGGACCUACAGCUAGAGCAGCUACAGCAUUCUAGGGAGUAUAUUUAUGUGUAAAAUUAAUGAUCACAGAAAAUACAAAGCACUCUUGUCAUGGGACGUUGCUGCAAUUUUUGUACUUUUUAUCGGAGAUAUUUGUUUUUCAAAACUAAACCUUUUCAUUUAAGUUUUUACUUUUGUCAGUUCCUUUUACGGUUUUUUAUAUCAUUUAUUGUUUUUGUUUUAAUUUUGAUUUUAUCGUAACGCUCAGUCAUUUAGUAGCUCUUUUUUGCUAAACUACAAAUGUUUUGCCAGCCUGUAAAUAACGUAAUAGUUAUUGUGACAUUUAAAAGUUAUCACUCCUACGUGUGAACUCAUAAUAAAGGUUACAAAUAUUCUCCCUUCUUGGCACUUCCCAAAUGAAAUAAAACAUUACCGCCAUAACACUACAUAUUUUGGGACUCCGAAUGACAAGAAGAAAAAACAGACUGACACCACGAUUGUAAUAAUUUGUUUCAAAGCAUGACACAUCCAGUUUAUAUCGACAAUGUAUUUAUUUUUUUAUAGCUGGAAUACAAAAUCCCAUAGCUGACUAUUUCGCGUUGCAUCCUUUUACGUGAAUGCUUACUGUACACAAAACAUAUUUUUUCUUAAGAAAUCAUUUAUAAAUUGUUUUCACAACCAAACUUUUUGUUACAGUUAACAUUAACGAACUGAAAGCCAAGGUUACAUGUGCGCCAUAAGACGUUCCAGUGUCUUCGUAUAACACCACCUUUUAGUACAAUAUUUUUCUUUUUAGAUAAAAUUAAAAAAAGUAAAUAGUAGUAUUUCUUCUGGUCAUGGUUUGCCUGCUUCACACAGAAAAAUUUUCAUUCGAAGAUUUGAGUUCGAUGACAUUGGAAAUGCACUUUGAGAUAAAUUUAGAUCCUAUCAAACACAUCGACAUACAGCGUAUCAAAUCAAAGGGAGAUUAAUUUUCUUCGAAUCUAACUCGUUACGACUGAUUGCUGUAAAAUCGCCUAUUUUCUUCGAAAAAUAUUUGUUUCUUUGGUAUUGCGUACCGGGGCUGAAGUGGAUUUUUUUGUGCAAAACAUGCAAAUCGAAAUUAGAAAUCGAACGACGUUAAGAGAAGGCAAACAAGAAAAGCUUUAGAGGAAAGUUGUACUAAAAGUUUUGUCAUUUUAGCAGAGGGAAAUAAAAAGAAUAUUAAUAAAAUUUAUCAUUUUUGCGUACUUUUAAUGGCUCUUUAAUUAUGUUGAAUUAUUAUUUAAAGAAGAAGAAAUGAGAGACAAAUUCAGGUUUGUGACGAUAUUACCGGGCUGGGUCGGCUGAGCGGGAUCUCGCUGCUAUUAAGAAACACAUGAAAAAGUAGGAAUGUGUUCAUAUGAUAACCGAGCCAGCCCGCCUUGCCGAGAUCUUGCUUGUUUGUACCGAGAUCUCGGUCAGGCGGGAUCUCGCUGUUCUUAAGAAACGCAUAGAAAAAUAAAAAUGUUCAUAUGACAGGCGAGCCAGCCCGCCUAGGCGAGAUGAAAUUAACAAUAGAAUAUAAAAAUUCUCAUCAAUUAUUUAAAGUUCGAAAUAUAUUCUUUUGUCUUCAUUGUUUAUGAAUCUUUUGUGAAAUGUAAACAACUUUUCCAUCCCGGCUGGCCGAGAUGUAAAAAACUUCAUAUGAACGCGAGAUGAAAAUCACCCCGCUAGCCGAGCCAGCCUGCCUAACCGAGCCAGCCCGCCUCCAUAUGAACAGCCCUUAUUAAAGAAAAUAUUAUUCAACUAGUCAACGAAUUUUUUGGCAACAAACUGCCAAACCUAAUUUUCCUCUUAUAUAUGUCUUAUAUAUGUUAGAUAUUUAGAUGGUACCACAAAUUGUAA